AUGCGCUUUUUUGACAUCUCGCUGAUGUCUUCGACACGGUGGCGACAAUCGCACGCCAUGUCUCAUCAUACCUUCCCAAACACAUGCCUUGACCUAGAAGUGACCCAAUUUGAGCCAUUUGCCUACCUGAUGCCGAAACCGACGAGUCUAUUUUACAACAUCUUCUCGCUAUUCAUCUUGCCGAUCUUAUUGACAGCCGUUACUUUCAUCGAUUUUUUGAAACGAUGGAUCAGUAAUUUAUUGUUUACUGAAGAUGAGUUUGAGCUCGUUGAUUUGAUUCCGUUUCUCGAGCUCUACGGUUUUUAUCUGGUCAAUAAGGAGAGCUAUCUUUGGUUCUUUUUCGUCUUUCACGGUACUCUAAGUUUUACUUUCGCCUUCCUAUCACUUCCUGGCAUCCACCACCACUCCUCGAAUUUCUACGAAGGUCAUCAAGGCCGAAAAGACACGGAUUGGGGCCUGUUGCAAGUAGACACGAUUGUGGAUAGGUGGUUGACAUCCUCGGAUAAUACUUCUCAUUCGAUAGCUGUAAGCGCUUUUGGAGAUCAUACAUUGCAUCAUCUUUUUCCUACAGUUGAUGGCUCGAUUCUCCAACAUUUCAUCCCUGCCUACCGCAUAACACUAGCAGAAUUCAACAUCAACUACAAACAAUCCAACUGUUUCUACGACUGGUUUGAAUUCACCAAAGUACUAUUCACAACAAAACAGAAGAAGAAACAAAAAUGA